GCCACGAGUACGCUUCACAACGGGUCAUCUCCUAUUCUUCUUUACGUUGCGAGACUCCAGCAGUCACUCUCCUGUAAUAGUGUGGAUCAGGACUAUCCUGUCGUUCCGUGGAUUCUAUCCGUAUCUCCCGGACCAGAACUUGCUGCUGUUCUCUGGACAAGCCAGUCACCUCACUAGUUUUGGCUACCAUUGUGGUCGAAAAAGUACAGCCAAUUUGCAGAGACUCGGUUGGCUGUUUGACACUGCCCUAGUUGUCACGUUCGGAAUGUCUUCCUCAAGGAACACGUCAGAAGCAGAAGGCCACCAAGGGAUGACGGGAGCUCAACUACCCAGAUACACGAUGCAGUAUUUUCCGCCGUUGGACUCACAACGUCAAAAGAUGCCUACUGUACAGGCAUUCGAUGGGACACAUCAACAGGUACAGCCAGGGCUGCAAGCUGCAGGGACAAAUGUCGGUCCAGUACAGCCUGAUCCCAACAUUAGCUUAACUCAGCCUAUUGCAAACCAACCGCAGCCUGUUGGUCAGCAGCACAGCCUUAUUGGACAACCUAUCAACACUGGUGGCUUCAGAGGAGCUAGCAGUAGUAUUGUGGGGCUUAGACCAUCAUUAGUGGAGUCAACACUGGGUCUCCCACCACAGCCUCAACCAACCAUUGGUGUUAUGUCAUCACCAGCACAAUUUGCGACUCCCUACAGCCAGCAAAUGAGUCACCACUUCCAUGCCACUGCUAGCAGCUAUCUGCCGAGUUGUGUCCCAGCAAUGCACGGCAGUAUGGCCAGCUCUAACCAUCCUGCGGAAAUGCACGCCGGCUUUCCACAGACCCCACUGAACCAUCUAGCACAAGGCGUCGAGUAUCAACUGGACAACCCCUCUGCCCCUCCACUGUUUGGCGGACAUCCCAGAAACCUGUGCGAAUGGCGUGUAAACAACGGUCUACAAUUGUGUGGGUUGGCUUUCUAUAGUGUCACCGAACUAGCGCAGCACAUAAGCAACGUUCAUCUCCAGCAACAGGACACUACCGAAAAGGAGGAUGGCAACGUCCACAUCUGCCACUGGGACCAGUGUUCACGCAAGAAAGGAUUUAAAGCCAAGUACAAGCUUGUCAACCAUAUACGAGUUCAUACAGGGGAAAAACCCUUUGUCUGCAAUCAUCAAGACUGCACACGCAAAGCAUUCGCAAGAGCCGAAAACCUGGAGAUACACUACAGAGUCCACAUAAAGGAAACGCCGUUUGCCUGCACCUUCCCGGACUGUAAGAGAAGAUUCGCAAAUUCCUCGGAUCGAAAGAAGCACAUGGUCGUGCACACGAAUGAUAAACCCUACCAAUGCAGGGCAGCAGGAUGUACGAAGAGAUUUACACACCCGAGCUCGCUUAGAAAGCACACUAAGCAGCAUGAUGCUCGAAAUGCAGCCAAUGGCGGUAAUGCUCUUUCCUACAGUACCACGGACACCAGCGCAGAGAACAGUGGCUUGCCGUCUGCGGAUGGUUCUAUUGCUGUGGACGGAGAAAGUGAUCAUGGCAGUUCGAUUUCAUCCGAUGAGGUACUUGCAGACCAGCACCACCACCAUCAACAACAGGAAGAACAGCAGCAGCAGCACCAACAUCAACAACAAGGUUUUGCACUUGUGACUUGCAUGGACCAGUGUCAGCCUGCACAGCCGCAACACUUACCACUGGGAACGUCCUCAAGCAUGCUGACUGUGAAUUCAACAUCCACGUCAUCUUUGCCUCAGUUACCUUAUCAUUUGCACUCUGCCCAGGCAACUGCUGGUAGUCAUCUGGUCAACAGUGCACAACCAACACCACCUGGACAGCCGUCUGAUAGCUAUGCGGUGUUCAGUGAAGUAUGCCAUGACAAUGCCGGAAAGGGUGACCUAGUAGUGGCAAGCCUAGGCAGUAGAGCAACAAUAAAUGAUCCCUUGCCUACAUGUUCCAUACAGACAUUCCCACAGCCGCCGCCACCACAGCCAGAAGCAACAGCAGCAACAGAAGCAGCAGCUGUGCCAGCAGCUGUGCCAGAACUAACUCAAAACAGACAGCUUGUUCAGCAGCAACAUACUCACUUCCAAUACCCGGCAGCACGUCAGCAGUUGCAGCAACAACCUCAUCAUCAACAUCCAGAACAGCAGCUCCAGAAGCAGCAUCAGCAGCACCAGGCAUCACAUGACCAAUGUCAGCAGUCGCAAAUCUAUCUAACUCACCACCAUCAGCUGCCGACGCCCACACACACACAGCUAUCGCUGUUGCCGGCACUGGUGGCUCACACACCGCAGCACCAGUCAUCACCUGUGUCUCAGACGCACAACCAUCAGGCACAGAAGCACUCUCUCCCAUCGCCGAUGCAGCUGCACCAGCAGCAUUUUGCACAGCAUUCGGCAACUGCUCAGCCAACACUAUUUCAUCCAGUCCUCUUUAUUCUCGUGAGCUGUGUACUUGUUUUGCUGUUUGUUUGGUUUAUUUGAAUUCGCUCAGUAACCGUGUACUUCAGCUAUUCUCUCCUCCCUCUUCUGAAUUUGACUCUCCGCUGGCCUUCUCUCCCAUCCCCUUACAUUGUAUUGGGCCUCCGCAGCUCCCCCCCCCCCCCUCCACGCACACACUACAUUGUCACAUAGCACAACUCAACCAUUCGCUACCCUGUUAUUGAGCACUCCUGCUCGUUUGGUCUCGCGAAUCCAAAUAAAAUCAAUCAAUCAAUCAUGCAGGACAAUAGCUGCACCCCGUACUGCCCUCGCAUGACGCUCACUCUCUGUCAGCACGAAGACACCUCCCAAAAAGGCAAUACUAAGCAAACAAACAUUACACCGCUUGAAAGCACUAUUCUCAUGAGCUGGACAACUGCCUUUUCAAAAUGGCACUGCAGCCAGCUUCGUGAAUGGACGUGUUAAACACUGUCAAUAAGGUUUUUAAGGCACAUCAUCACUUUCAACGUAAUUAUUAUCAAAACUCCUAAGUUUUACGGAGUUAACAAUUUUUUUAUUAUAAUUACCUAAUUCAAAAAAGAGGUAUGAAGUGUACAGAUGCAAGUUCAAUACUCGCUUUUGUGAUAUUGAAUUAUCGUAUCAACGCUGUCCAACGCUGAAUGUUUUCAAGGUUAUUUCAUUAUAGAUGGAGCCGGGGUGUUGCUCAUUAGGCUGUGGGACUAGUCAAUCAGACGACUGCCACAUUUGUAGAAGUUCCUUUUUCAAAUGUCUCGUCAAUUUCAUUUUCCGCAUAUUGUCUUCACUAACAUCACCCAUGGUGCUGGCCACAUGUAUGUAGCAUCAGUAGAAUUGCAGCUCAACAUCCUAAUCCGCACUGCCUUCAGUCUGGUUUCUACCCACUCACUGUCAGGAUCGGGUAUUUCCCCUCCAAUUAGUAACCAUAGUACCCGUUUCUUUUUAGUUCACUUUUUCGGCUGAUCUGCUCAUCCCGCAGAAAUGUGUCAAUACUAAUGCUGGCCUAUCAUAUUCUACAGCUGCUGAAGAAAGUCUUGUCUCAGGCGCUGA